UGCAAAGUGAAAUGCAAACUGAGGCAGCAGCGUAGAAGAAGACGUUGGUGGGUGAGGCCGUUCCUCCUCGACCGUGAGGAGCACGGCCAAGCUUGUCGUUUGGCGGCCGAAUUGCGCGCUCACGAUGAGGAGUACUUUCGGGACUACAUCAGGAUGCCUCCGAGCGCUUUGGACACCUUGCUCGAGUUGGUGCCCGACAAAAUCAGAAAACAAACACUAACUGGAGGAAAACCAUCACGCCCGAACAGCGGCUAAUUGUGACACUCAGGCAGCCUGAACUUCAACUACAAAACGACGUUCAGCAGUUGAUGCUUGCCAUCUGUAAUGCCAAGUACAGGUUCCUUUAUGUGGAAAUAGGCCAUCAUGGAAGUGAGAGUGAGGCAGGCAUUUUCAUACGCUCAGAUUUUCUACAAGCUAUUGCAGAAGGCCAACGGCGUCUCCCAACAGCAAGCUGGCUGGGGAGUAGGAAAGUCCCCUACUUCUUUGUCGGGGAUGAAGCAUUUCCCCUGAAGACGUUCGUAAUGCGACCGUUUCUAAGAAAGAAUCUCGCAGGAAGACCUCCCAGGGUCUUUAACCAUUGGCUGAGCAGAGCCAGGAGGGUAGUGGAGAACUCCUUCGGCAUACUGGCACAGAGGUCGCCAUUCGCUGCAAAAGAAGAGACCACGGACAGAAUUGUGGCCGCAUGUGUGGUCCUCCAUAACUUCCUGAUGAAGCACUCUGAAGUGUCUGAACGCAGCUAUGUGCCCCCUGGAUCUGUGGAUGGAGAAGACUGGGAAGGCGAGCUUGUCAAAGGACAGUGGAGGUCACAAGAAGACGAAGGGUCUGGUCUCACUGAUGUUCCACCUCGGGGCACGAGAUGUACCGACCAGGCUUACAGUAUUCGGGAGUACUUGUCUAUGUACUUUGAGAUGGAUGGCAAAGUGCCAUGGCAGGACAAGUACCUUGAUAGACACUGAGCUGACACAGAGAGCUGCCACCUGCUCCUCCGCUCCAAGAAUCCUCACUUUGGCAGCAAGUGCCAUGCAGUGAAAGUGCACACUGUCCACAUUCGCUUCCCCUCGCUGCCGCCUCUCGUGGAGUUCCCUAAGCCUCCUGAUGCAGUACUGCAUGGUAUCUUCACAGGGGUCAUGCUUUCCGCAAAUGGAAAGGAGUGUAAAUUUUCCGUGUUGUCUUGUAUGUUUCUUUUAACUCUUGAGUUUGAUUAAAGUGAAUGACUGAUUGAUUUAUGUUGAUUUAAGAGCAUAGCUUACUUAGAGUCUCUGGAUGAAGACAACCUGGCUCUCUUUUGUUU